AUGCAGACAUGUCACCAGCUGCUGCUCGCCAAGCACAGUGGGUUAGCAGCAGCAGCAGCUGCUGCUGCUGCUGCUCGUGGCACAUAUGCUGCAGUGCAUGCAGCUGCGGCGCAUUACAGCAGCAGCAGCAGCGCCUCCACUCCUAGCAGCAGCAGCAGCAGCAGCGCCUCCACUCCUAGCAGCAGCAGCAGCAGCACGCCCACCAGCUGCAGCAGCAGCAGCAGGAACAGCAGCAGCAGCAGCGGCAGCCCUCCCAGCAGCAGCAGCAGCAGCUCUCCCAGCAGCGGCAGCAGCAGCCCUCCCAGCAGCAGCAGCAGCAGCAGAAACAGCAGCAGCAGCAGCAGCAGCAGCAGCAGCAGCAGCAGCAGCAGCAGCGUGGAGGCGGAGAGCAGCAGCAUGAUUGACCAGUGGUUCACUUCGAUUGACGCCAACAGAGACGGCUUUAUUUCGCAAAGAGAAUUCCGCACUUGGUACUGCCUCCACUUCAUUCCCACCUUUGCGCAGCAGCAGCAGCAGCAGCAGCAGCAGCAGCAGCAGCAGCAGCAGCAGCAGCAGCAGCAGGGGGAGGG